AUGCCGAUUAUUGAUAUUGUUAUAUCUGGAAGUGCUAAGAUGACGUCAGUCUUCAAUCCCACCCUCUUCAAAGGCAAAUUGGCCCUCAUCAGUGGAGGCGCUACUGGUAUUUGCUAUGAAAUCGCUAAACAGUUCCUCAUCCAUGGAGCCUCUGUCUACAUCAUCAGUCGUAAGAUUGAGAACAUUAACAAGGCCGUCAAGAGCUUAGCUGAGGAAACAGGGAAUAAAACAUUUGGGGAAGCUCGUGCGAUGACCGUCCUCAUGAUCGACACCGUCGGCACCUUCCUCCUCUCCAAGUACACCGCCGAGCUCAGCAUGAAGAAAAGUGGAGUAAUCCUGAACAUAUCUGCCAACCUACAUUAUAGUGGCACUGCCCUCCAGGCGCACUCAGGAACUGCAAAGGCUGGAGUGGAUGCACUUACCAAGCACAUGGCUGUUGAGUUCGGACCAAGAGAUAUCAGGGUUAUCGGUAUUUGUCCAGGACCCAUCCAAGGUACUGAGGGAAUCGACAGGCUGAACCCUAAGGAUGUGAAAACUGAGCAACUCCUGCCCCUGCAGCGACUGGGAACCAAACUGGACGUCGCCAAUGCCUGCCUUUUCUCGGCCUCCUCUGCUGCCAGCUACGUAACGGGAUCAAUCAUAAUGGUCGACGGAGGAAGCACCCUUACUCAGCCUAACUUCGCAUUUUCGAGCAAAUAA